CCGGGCUCGGGGCCGGGGAGGCUGUUGUCGGGCGAAGCUUCCUCUGGAGAGCGCUUGGCGCAGAAGGGUUAACCGGCCGCCCCGGGCGCGCAGAACAGCUCUCUGAAGACUCAAACAGCGGGCUUCAGUUCGGGCAGAGCAAACCCCUCCACGCCCAGAUGCCUGAGUAGUGUGUUUGCGACCAGUCCCCUCCUACCUUGCCCUGGGGCAACUGAGGGAGGAGCAAUGGAGAAGUGCACUGGCAGGCCCAGGCUGUGUCUGAUGUUGCUUCUGACCCUCCCUGGGCUCUGCCUGGAUCAGGAGAUGUUGUCUGGAUACUCUCUUCAGACACCCCCAGAGGGGGGCCAGGGCCUUGAGGGCAUCUGGGGACCUUGGGACCAGUGGGCCUCUUGCUCCCAGCCCUGUGGGGCGGGGGUGCAGCGCAGAAGCCGGACAUGUCAGCUCCCUACAGCUCAACUCCACCUGGGCCCCCUCCCACCCCGGCCCCCAAGACAUCCAGAAGCUCUACUCCCCCAGGGUCAGGGCCCCAGACCCCAGAAUUCCCGAGAAACUCUCCCCCUAUACAAGCCAGAGCCUCGGGGAAGGGGUGGCCCACUUCAAGGACCUGCUUCCCAACUUGGGAGAGAGGAGACCUGGGAGAUUCAAGGGGCCAGGAGGUCCCGGGUACAAGACCCCAUCAAACCAGGGAUGUUCGGUUAUGGGAGAGUGCCUUUUGCUUUGCCACUGCAUCGGAACCGCAGGCAUCCACGGAGGCUGCCCAGAUCUGAACUUUCACAGAUUUCUUCUCCAGGGGAAGAGCCCCUUCCAUCCUUGACUCCAAGAACAGAGCCAUCCUCCUCAAACCAGAGCCCUCAAACUCAGCUCCCUACUGUAGAACUCUCUGCCCACACCCACACCUCACCAGCAGAACUUCCAAGCCCUGGAACUUUUCAGACAGAAGUGCCCUCUAGAACCAGGCCUGCCCCCUCUUGGUCCCAUCCCAGAGCCCAGGCAUCCAGCACAGAGUCCUCCUUGCCCACCUCCUCCCUGGGAGAAAGUAGCUCCUUCCCCAUGUUUCCUCAGCCAAGAAUGCCAAGUUCCCAGGGGUGGGCCAGUCGCCCGAUAGUAGGGAGACACCGUUAUCCUUUCCCUUCUGUCCCUUGGGACCGAGGCCAGCAGACCUGGGAGCACUGGAGACCUGGGGGCCAUCUUCAUGGGUCCCUCAUGGAGUCUGCCCCUCACCACCCAAAUGGCCGGUUGGCUCUGCAGAGUGCUGGCCCUUACUCCAGCUCCCUCUGGAGCCUCUUUACUCCCAGUAGCCCUGACCCAAGAUGUUCUGGGGAGAAUGAGCAGCUGAGAGCCUGCAGCCAAGUGCCCUGCCCCCCUGAGCAACCAGACCCUCGGGCCCUGCAGUGUGCAGCCUUUGACUCCCAGGAAUUCAUGGGCCAGCUGUAUCAAUGGGAGCCCUUCACAGAAGUUCAGGGUUCCCAACGCUGUGAACUGAACUGCCGCCCCCGUGGCUUCCGCUUCUAUGUCCGUCACACUGAAAAGGUCCAAGAUGGGACCCUGUGUCAGCCUGGAGCCCCAGACAUCUGUGUGGCCGGACGCUGUCUGAGCCCUGGCUGUGAUGGGAUCCUUGGCUCUGGCAAGCACCCAGAUGGCUGUGGAGUCUGUGGGGGUGAUGGUUCUACCUGUCGCCUCGUUUCGGGGAACUUCACUGACCGCGGAGGGCCUCUGGGGUAUCAGAAGAUCCUGUUGAUUCCUGCUGGAGCCUCCCAGCUCCAGAUUGCUCAGCUCCGGCCCAGCUCCAACUACCUUGCACUUCGAGGCCCUGGGGGCCAGUCUAUCAUCAAUGGGAACUGGGCUGUGGAUCCCCCUGGGUCCUACACAGCUGGUGGGACUAUCUUCCGUUACAACCGCCCACCCCGGGAGGAGGGCACAGGAGAGAGUCUGUCAGCUGAAGGCCCCACAACCCAGCCUGUGGAUGUCUAUAUGAUCUUUCAGGAGGAAAACCCUGGCGUUUUUUAUCAGUACAUCAUUUCUUCACCUCCUCCAAACUUUGAGAGCCCCACCCCAGCACCCCCUCUCCCCCAGCUUCAGCCUGAGAUUCUGAGGGUGGAACCCCCACCAGCUUCAGCACCCCGCCCAGCCCGGACCCCAGGCACCCUCCAGCGUCAGGUGCGAAUCCCCCAAAUGCCUGCACCACUCCAUCCCAAGACACCCCUGGGGUUUCCAGCUGGAUACUGGAAACAAGUGGGACACACUGAGUGCUCGGCCUCCUGUGGAAAAGGUGUUUGGCGCCCCAUUUUCCUCUGCAUUUCUCGUGAGUCAGGAGAGGAACUGGAUGAACACAGCUGUGCCGUGGGCGUCAGGCCUCCAGCCUCCUCAGAACCCUGCCAUGGCCCCCCCUGCCCUCCAUACUGGGAGACUGGCGAGUGGACAUCCUGCAGCCGCUCCUGUGGCCCUGGCAUCCAGCACCGCCAACUGCGCUGCCGGCAGGAGUUUGGGGGAGGUGGCUCCUCAGUGCCUCUGGAGCGCUGUGGACAUCUCCCCCGGCCCAACAUCACCCAGCCCUGCCAGCUGCGGCUCUGUGGCCACUGGGAGGUUCGCUCCUCCUGGAGCCAAUGCUCCGUGCGGUGUGGGCGAGGCCAGAGAAGCCGGCAAGUUCGCUGUGUGGGAAACAAUGGUGGUGAAGUGAGCGAGCGAGAGUGCAGUUCCGGCCCCCCACGACCCCCCAGCAGAGAAGCCUGUGACAUGGGGCCCUGCAUCAAGGCCUGGUUCCACAGCGACUGGAGCUCCAAGUGCUCAGCUGAGUGUGGGACGGGAAUCCAGCGACGUUCUGUGGUCUGCCUUGGGAGCGGGGAGGCCCCCAGGGCAGGCCAAGAGGAAGCAGGAGCAGGAACCAGUGAGCAGAGCUGUCCACCAGGAAGCCGCCCCCCUGACAUGCGAGCCUGCAGCUUGGGGCCCUGUGAGAUGACAUGGUGCUGGUACACUGGGCCUUGGAGUGAGUGCUCCACAGAAUGUGGCUCUGGCACACAGCGAAGGGAUGUCAUCUGUGUGUCCAAGCUGGGAACUGAGUUCAACGUGACUUCUCUUAGCAACUGUUCCCAUCUGCCCAGGCCCCCCACGCUGCAGCCCUGUCAGGGGCAGGGCUGCCAGGACCAAUGGUUUUCUACACCUUGGAGUUCGUGUUCUCGCACCUGCCAGGGGGGCAUGCAGACAAGGGAGGUCCAGUGCCUGACCGCCAACCAGACCCUCAGCACCCGGUGCCCUCUUCACCUGCGGCCCUCCAGGAAACAAGCCUGUAACAGCCAACCCUGCAGCCAGCCUUCUGAUGAUCAAUGCAAGGACAGCUCUCCACAUUGCCCCCUGGUGGUACAGGCCCGGCUCUGCGUCUACCCCUACUACACAGCCACCUGUUGCCGCUCUUGCGCCCAUAUCCGGGAGCGGUCCCCUCCGGAACCUGCCUGAAAUGGGCCUGGGAGACCCUCUCCUCAUGGUUUUCUCAUGCCACCAUCGGUCACCCAGCGAUCAGGCCACUCUGUAUCCCCAGGCUCUCCAACCUGUCCCAGUCUCAUGAGGGAUGCACCCCCAGGGGGGUUCAAAGUAGAGAGAUGACUGGCAGUGACUCGCAAGACAUGUGGUUGAGUCUGGGUGGUGGGGUGUGUGCACAUGUGCCCCCAAAUAUGCAUGGAUGUGUGUGUGUGUUCAUACAUGUGUGUAACCUCAAAAGGAAGUUACACAGACUGAAAGGAAUGGGGAGGGGGCAAUGCCUGUUUCCCUUAGUUAGACUUUUCUGAGCUAUUUAGCAUGUGCUAACCCCAUCAAUCCCAACUUUGUGCCCUAAAUCUCAUUUCUCGUGUCCCAGGCCUCAAAUCUAACCCACCCUUUUGUCCUCUGACACUUUCUCCUGUUACCUAUUCUCUCUAUCCCUACCUCUCUCAUAAUUUGCUAGGGAAGGGGAUGAGGGUCAGCCACUGCCCAUCCUGCUUUAAAGAGAGCCAGCUGAGAAGAGGGUGAAAAAGAGAAAUGUCACAAUAAGACACCCUAGUCCCUGCCCCCACUCCCUCCUUCCUAAAGUGGUUCCCACCCCAGACUAAUUUAUUUUUUAUUAAAGAGGAUUAUGACAAAUGA